UUCACUAUCAAACCAUGGAUGGGAUGGGUGCAUCCGGAAACCAUGAUCUUAGAGGUCACAGCGUCAUUAAUGACUUUGAGUUACAAGAUUUCAUAGAUGAUGCAAACUUCGACCAGUUCAUCGAUCUUAUUCGUGGAGAAAAUGAAGAUCCAGCAGCUCAGUUUAAUCUUGACCUUACCAGCGGGUCAUUCUUUGAUAACCAACUUUGUCCAACCACUGAUACGGUCAGUUUUUUUGGUUUUGAUCAUAAUAUUACAAUCCUAUGCGAUCCACCUCCUUUUCUUAGUACAUUACCGAGUUUUGGUGGAGAAAUGAACGACAUUGGCGAAGAAGAUAAUGAUGGGGGGGAUUCGUGUGGGACAACGACAACAACAACAACAACAACCACCACAACCACAGCCACAACGACGAAGAAGCCAAAGGUUGAUCGGUCGAGAACCUUGGUUUCGGAAAGAAGGAGAAGGGGAAGGAUGAAGGAAAAACUCUAUGCAUUGCGUUCCUUGGUUCCUAACAUCACUAAGAUGGAUAAGGCGUCCAUUAUUGGAGAUGCUGUAUUGUAUGUGCAAGACCUGGAAAAGCAGGCUAAGAAGCUGAAAGCUGAGAUUUUGGGACUUGAAGCAUCCUUAGAAGGAUCAGAGGAAAAUCAAGGAUCAACCCAAAAUCCAACCAAGAAUAAAUUAGUUACAGACAAUUACCAUUUAAUUCCCAAGGGAGCCAUUCAGAUAGAUGUGUCUCAAGUAAAGGAGAAAGGCUUUCAUGUGAAAGUGGGAUGCAACAGAGGAGUAGGGGUGGCCACAGCACUUUACAAGGCUAUAGAAUCCCUUACAAGCUUCACUGUUCAGAGUUCAAACUUGAACAUGGUUAAUUCCAAGAUAUUCGAAAUAACACUCGCUUUGAACGUAAAAGAGUGCGAGCACGAGAUCAUGAACUUACCAAAUUUGAAACUUUGGGUGACUGGAGCUUUUCUGAACCAGGGUUUUGAAUUAGCUACAGGCUUUUGAUGCCAUUCAUGCAUAGAGCUGCUUCCAUAGAACUAUUGUAACAGCUAAUUAAAAAUCCUAGAUGUCCAAGAGCAAUGAAAUCAAAAGUACAUGCACGCAUGCAAUAAACCAAAUAUGCUUGUAGCGUUGUAAACUUUUUUUUUUUUUGGUGGACGAAUUGUAUCGUCGCACUUAAUUUCCACUUUUCCACUAUAAUAUUAGACUCCCGCGGAUAGUAAUAUUGAUUAUAC